CAUGCAGAUUCAGGUAUGACUCAGGUGUUGUGCGAUGCAUUUGGUGGAUUUGUUUGGGUGAGUUGGCAAGAAAAUAUCACAGGGCAAGGACGAGUGUGGCAUACUGUGGCCCUGUGGGUUCAAAGCCUGUUACGUUGCAUCGUGCAUCCAGAUUUCGCGUUUGCCAAAACUCGUAGGAGUUUGCUUUAGUGCAAUGGCUCCCACCUUUUCUUUAGUGGCUUCCCUUCUUGUGCUCAGUGAGGCAAUCCGUUCAGAAGAUGAUCUACAUGCAGGGGCCAUGCAUCAUUCAGCCGGCGUUGUUGAAGAAUCGGCUGCUUUGAUUUGCAGUCUGGGAUUCAAAUUUGAGUUUCCGAACUAUGAUCAGCUGGCAGACCAGGAACACCCAUGCUGCGCAGCUGCCAAAACAUGCAAACAGGGCAAGGCUACCGCAACAUGCACCGAGAAGUGCAACGCAAAAGUCAUGGGCGUCCUGGACAAUGACAUUUGGCUUCCAGAGUCCUGUGUCUCGCCUGCUUCUGUGGCGCCUCCAGAAGAGUUUAAGGAAUCCAAGUUGAACAACGUGCCUGCGGUCCCCAAUGCAGCCGUGAAGGCAUUUGAAGGCAAAAAACUGACUGCAAAGAAUGACAAGCUCGAGAUCACUUGCUGAGUUGAAAUGUAGCAUCCAAAGCGAUCUCACAUGGAUUCCAAUGUCAGUUGUUCCUCCCGGGAUGGAGAAAAACAGAGGUGGCAAGACCGUGCGUGCUGUGACAAACUCAAG